AUGAAACGAGUCAGCUCGCCUACGGACUCAGAUAAUCAACCGAGCCAACCUCGUCAAAAACUCGUUCACUUAACUAGCCGAGCAGAGCUCGAUCUUUCACACCUACUCUACAUAGCUAUUCAUCAUCUUCGCAUGCUUGCUUGUCUCCUCGAUCAUACGGUUGAGAUCGAGCCACGACGAGCCUCCUUCCGCCACAGCCUUCCUUGCCUCCUUCGCCACCUCUUUCACCUUCUCUCUCACCCUCUUCCCCUUCUCCCCUUCCAUCAACUCCACCACCGCACUUCUCAAAUUCUCUCCGGCAACAAAUCCUUUCCUCGUCCCAUCCACCGUCCCCACCCUCAACCCAAUCCCAAUCUCUUCCGUAACAAACUUCGCGUUAAGAUAUUGCUCGGCCAUCAUCGGCCACGCCAGAAUCGGAACCUCCGCGCAUAUCCCUUCCAAAACCGAGUUCCACCCGCAAUGACUCAAAAAACCCUGCACGGCCGGGUGCUCGAGUAUUUCCCUUUGAUCCACCCACUCGUUCACGAUAAUCCCUUUCCCCUUCACCCUCUCUUCGAAACUCCCGCCAAUCACGUUCAAAUCACAAAAAUCCUUCCUCACGACCCACAAGAACCGCGCGUUCGAACUCUCCAACCCGUUUGCUAUCUCGCGUAG